AUGGUAAGCCGCACGAGCUCUUACUCCUCCCCAAAGAAGGGCGAGGAGGGUCCUUCGAGUAUGUACAUGUCUGGGUGCGCCCCACAUGAUGACGUCGGCGCCCAAGGAUACGCGACCGGUGAACUCGACCCAGAGACGCAUCGUGCCUCCUGCAUUGAGGGCGGCGGCUGA